UUGCUUUCAUUCUUGCAAUUUCGUCAUUUUCUGAUUAGUGUUUUCUCGUACCGUGAUUUUUUUCAUUCGAAAGAUGAAAAAUAUCGUAAUUCCACUGUUAGCAGCAAUACUAACGCUACUGAAUAAUGUAACAGGCGACACAUCAAUCGACGAGUACGAUGAAACCACUCGCUACACUAUCGAAGGUAAGGUUUAUCCUCCGGAAUUGUUCGGUGGGUCGGAUCUGACCUGGCAGAUCGAUACGCAGAUUUCCAUCAAUGGCGGCGAGUAUAAGGGUUUCCUAAGGGACGAUGGUUCGUUUAUUAUCACGUCGGUGCCAUCCGGCAGCUACGUGGUGGAAAUUAUGAAUCCUGACUAUUACUACGAAUCGGUUCGAGUGGAGAUAAAUCCUAAGGGAAAAUUUCGGGCUCGGAAACUAAAUUACGUGCAGCCGUCGCAAGUCGUGCAAGUGCCAUACCCGCUGAAGCUGAAGGCGCUAACCCGCUUCCGCUACUUCCAGCAACGUGAACAGUGGAAGAUAACAGAUUUCUUGUUUAACCCGAUGGUUCUGAUGAUGAUUCUUCCGCUGUUCAUUAUGCUGGUCCUGCCGAAGAUGAUGAGCGACCCAGAAACGAAGAAGGAGAUGGAGAAUUUGAAUCUGUCCAAGAUGACAAGCGAUAUGCCAGAGUUUAGUGAGAUGAUAACGUCCUUCUUUACCGGAGGUGCGCCUUCAGACAAAGGAAAAGACAAAGAGAAAUCCAAGUCUUCAGGUAGCAAGCAGAGUAAAAAGAAGAAUUGAAUGACGGACGUAGAUUGCAUGAGGCAAAAAAAUGAGCGUAUUUAUUGUAAUAUAGGACGAUUUUCAUAGGUACGAAUAAAUCAAACAAAAUUACGGAAACAGUUGCUGUGAUUGAGUUCCAA